AUGGCCUUCUGCAUAACAAGAAAGCAUGCCACCUUCAGCAUUCUUCUGGUUAAGCAGCUCAAUGCAGAAAUCAAGGCAGGCCUGUCUCCAACAGGGUCAUCAUAA